GGGAGUCAGCCCCGCCCGCUCGGCUCCCUCUGCCUUCGGGAAGGGUUAGCACUUGGGGCUCUACCGCGGGCCGUGUGCCUCAGCCACGAAGCACGGAGCCCGCAGCACACUGACCGGCUCCUGAGGGACGCACUUACGGAAGCGCGGCAAAGCGAAGUCCAGUUCGCCCGGACCGCCCGGUGUGCCCAGUUCCCACGGGAGCGCGGGCGCGCGCGGGGGCGGGGUGGGGGCCGCGGCCGGCGGCCUUGGGGCUCUGGCAUAAUCUUCUAAGCUCCGCCCUCGGCUGCGUCGUCUAAAUACGUCCUUCCGCCCUGUUCCUCCUUUCUCUUUUUCGCCGCCAUCCUGCUCUGCGUGGCUGGCUGCUUCUCACCAUGUCUUCUCACAAGACUUUCAGAAUCAAGCGAUUCCUGGCCAAGAAACAAAAGCAGAAUCGUCCCAUUCCCCAGUGGAUUCGGAUGAAAACUGGUAAUAAGAUCAGGUACAACUCCAAGAGGAGGCACUGGAGGAGAACCAAGCUGGGUCUGUAAGGCGUCACCCAUCAUGAGAUGACACACUUAAUUGGCACACGUAUUUAAUUAAGCUGCGUGAAGAUCAUGUGUUCUAUCAUUCUGUAAACAUGCUUCCUACCUGGCCGUAGACUUGUCUUAUCAUGGAAAUGAUUUUCUCUGUGACUACACCUCCAUACCAGUAGGUUGGUUCGGUAAUAAAUGCGAGACCUUUCACCUCCA